CCAAGUGCCAACUCAACACAAAGUCGGAUAUUAAACGAGAUGGCAGCAAACCUUCCAGACAAUGACAUAACCAUCGACCUGUGUCCCCUGCUGGAACAAGACUCGAGUGAUGAAGUCAUAACAUGGGAUUCAUUGCUGGAAACGGAGAGCCAAGCUCACGACCAAGUUUUCCGAUGGAGACACGACGCAGUCGCUACGAAAAUGAACUCGUAUUUAAAUCAAAAUAGCGCCACAUUUCAAAAAGGCGGGAAAGUUGGAAUGAUGGUAUUCGGCCAGUGGCAAAAUCGAACGCGAUGGUCAAACAUGAACGAUCCCAUCGACGUCACUAAAAUCCCGAGUCUCCAACGCAUUUUACUGAUCCGAGACGUCACCAAACGACUGCGACAAAUCGACGCCGGAAGAGAAAUUGACGACAAGAUUCUGACCGGAAUAAACGCCUUCACGGAGAUAUUUUUCAAACUCGACUACACCAAUUUUUCCAUCCGGCUUCAGCCGUACAACAAUCAACCCGGAAAUGGAUUUUUAACGAUGAAGGGCACAGGUGGAGAAUACGACGACACCCAUUGGAAGAUGGAGAAAUUCUACUUGUCUUUCAAGAAGUUGAGGGCCAGUGAAAUCGACAGCGUCGUAACCAAAGCCCGAAGAAGAGGAUCGAAAAUUACGAUGAAGGAUCUGGAGGAUUUUGAGAGCGUCAAACAAGAGAAAAUGGCAGUUAAAAAGCGGAUGGCGGAAGAAUUAACAUAUUUCAUGCUCAAGUACGAUUUGGAAGUCGCCUGCCGUUUGCAACGACCUUUUGUCAAUGCCAGCCGCGCCUACGACGUGCUGCCCAUCGGGAUCGGGAUCGCCCUUAUGCACCGCAUCAACAGCAGAAGCCUCAAUGGCACUUGGCAAUUCUUCUCGACCAGAGAUCAAGAAAUCAUCCAGGGUGUAGUGGAAAAUGCGAGUCUUUUUGAAUUUUCCAAAACGACGGAAUGUCCAGCCACAACCGAAACAAUUCCGGAAGGAGAGUCAUCCGCUUCAAAGGAAAAAAUGGUCAUCAGCACAAGAGAAAAUGCCGAAAAGAGGAAAGAUGUUCUAGUCGACGUCGUUGGUCGAUAAUUGCUUUGAUUGAGACCAGCACGUAGACGUCUUACAUACGUCCGAUAUUCAGUGAAUACAAUUCCGAGUGUCGCGCAUUUAGUUAGUCGUUGAUUGGGAGGAGUUGCUUGUGGUCGCACAUUUUUGAAAAAAUCUUCCAUCGGUUAUUUUGUUGUUUUUAGAACUCGGCGAAUCAAAAAAGUCCUAACACAAUCAUGACGUCACAACAAUCACUUGGAGGGUCCUGCAGUCCGACACCUCCAUCACCGAAUCCACCAGCUCCACUAGCAUCCAUUGCAUCCAUCCAACAAGAAAUUGAGCCGAAUUCUUCAUCCGAUUCUUCCAUUGAGCAACGAAAUCACGCUGUUGUUGUCAUGGGAGGAUCCCUGACACCAUCGAUUUUUACGAGGAUUUUUAGUGCUUCAAUCUCACCUGGUACUUUUACUCCGUCACCAAUUUCAUCCGCCAUGGGAACAGGUGCUGGAUCAUCCGGAUCGGCCACUACGGCCAUGACUGGAACUAAUGGAAUGACGACCACUUAUACAGCCAAUGGGAACAAUCAACGACGACUAAGUUUCGACGAACGGAUUCAGGUGAUCCAGCUCCGAUCGAACGGUAAAAGUUUGCGCAAGUUGGCGCUUCUAUUCGGAUGCCACUUGACUCAAAUCCUCAACAUUUUGGGUCAACGUGAAGCUUAUUUAAAAGAAUAUAGGAGGCAGGCGGAAUUACCUAAUCUGCACAUUGAAGAAUAGUUCUAAUGUUUGUUACCUGUGUGACUCAUUGGAAUUUUCAAAUACAAAUAGACGAAA